CCUUAAUCACCCCGAUCAAGAACCUUAAUGCAGAACCUCGCACGCUCCCAAAUCAAAAACCCCUCCUUUCCCCCGACGUUUCCUCUCUCCCUCUCCCUCAAUCACAGAAAACGCCUGAAAGGGUAGAGAUAGAGAGAGAGAGAGAGAGAGGCCGGCGCCACCGCGUUCGAAUGGCGGACUCCGAUCGCCGCUCCGUCACGGCCGAAGAGCUGGCGCGCCACAACAAGCCCGGCGACCUCUGGAUCUCCAUCCAGGGCAAGAUCUACGACGUCUCCGAGUGGGUCAAGGACCACCCGGGCGGCGACCUCCCGCUCCGCAGCCUCGCCGGCCAGGACGCCACCGACGCCUUCAUCGCCUUCCACCCGGCCGGCGGCGCCGCCUGGGGCCGCCUCGGCCGCUUCGACACCGGCCGCCGCCUCGAGGGCUACGCCGUGUCCGAGGUGUCCCGGGACUACCGCCGCCUCGCCGGCGAGUUCGCCCGCAUGGGCCUGUUCGACCGGAAGGGCCACAUUACGCUCGCCUCCAUGUGCUUCAUCGCGGCGCUGUUCGGCGCCAGCGUGCUGGGCGUGCUGGCGUCGGAGAGCGCGUGGGUGCACCUCCUCUGCGGCGCGAUGAUGGGCUUCCUCUGGAUUCAGAGCGGGUGGAUGGGGCACGACUCGGGCCACUACCGGAUCAUGGCCGGGCCGGCGCAGAACCGGUUCGCGCAGGUCCUCACCGGCAACUGCCUCGCCGGCAUCAGCAUCGCCUGGUGGAAGCGCAACCACAACGCCCACCACAUUGCCUGCAACAGCCUCGACUUCGAUCCGGAUCUCCAGCACAUGCCCUUCUUCGUGGUGUCCUCCAAGUUCUUCGCCUCCCUCACCUCGUGCUACUACGACCGGAAGAUGAACUUCGACGCCGUCUCCCGGUUCCUUGUCAGCCACCAGCAUUGGACGUUCUACCCCGUCAUGUGCCUCGCCCGCAUCAACCUGUUCGCCCAGUCCUUCGCAUUGCUGCUGUCGAAGCACAAGGUGCCCAACAGGGGUCAGGAGAUUCUGGGUCUCCUCUCGUUCUGGAUUUGGUAUCCGCUCCUCGUCUCGUGCCUCCCGAACUGGGGUGAGAGGAUAAUGUUCGUCAUCGCGAGCUUCGCCGUCACCGGAAUCCAGCACGUUCAGUUCUGUUUGAAUCAUUUCGCGUCGAGCGUCUAUGUCGGUCCGCCUAGUGGGAACGACUGGUUCGAGAAGCAGACCGCCGGGACUCUCGACAUCCAGUGUUCGCCGUGGAUGGAUUGGUUUCACGGCGGAUUGCAGUUUCAGAUCGAGCACCACCUGUUUCCUCGAUUGCCUCGAUCCCAACUCAGGAAGGUUUCCCCUUUUGUGAAGGAACUCUGCAAGAAGCACAAUUUGCCUUACAGUAGCGCGUCUUUCUGGGAGGCGAAUGCUAUGACGCUUAGGACGCUUAGGACGGCUGCGUUGCAGGCUAGAGAUCUUGCUAAUCCCGUGCCAAAGAACUUGGUCUGGGAAGCUGUUAAUACCCAUGGAUGAAUUUGUCUGACUAGUUUUAAAUUUUGCUGAAGUGCCGCCAUUUAUGCCUGCUGAGAUCAGCUGAUGAUUUUUUAUAGGAUCAUUACUGAUGUUUGAUCAUUCAUGGUUGCAAAAUAAUCCAUGUUUCUCGAUGAUUGGAGGGUUUAGUUUUGUUGUUUUGGAUCUGCAAGUUUGUUUGGUCCACCCAUCUUGUUUCUGAUAGGUGUUUAAGCAUCGAUGAAGAAGAUGUUCAGGCUGGCAAAAUUCUUUCUCCUCAUUCUGUUUCCAGCAUUUAUUGCUGAUGAGAAAUUUGUGCAGUGCCGAGCUUCAUUGGUUUUGUAUCCGUUUGGUUCAUAAAGUAGUUUCAAUUCGUGUGGCUUUUAUCCUGCUUUGGAGAUUGAUGCAUUGAAGCAUCUGAAACAAUGUGUCCUCUUUACUUCUCUUUUUUCCA